AUGGCUCCGUGGCCUGGGAGGACCUUCGAGAGAAGGCUGGGAGAACAGGCGAUGUUCAUACCCAGGAAGGAGCAGGCGGCGACUCUGUACCAGAACAUCCGUCUGACAGAGCCCCGGCUCAUGCAGCAGUAUGAGAGGGUCAUCCUCAACUUCACCAAGGAGAUCAGACAGCACAACGGGGAAAUGGAGAACCUAGCACUGGCUGUCAAACGGGCGCAGGACCAAGCAACCAUGCAGCUUAGUGAGAUGGAGGAGGAGAUGGACCAUCGCAUCCAAGCAGCCGAGAAGAAGUCACGCCAUCAGAACAUACGGAAACGUUUACGAACAGAGGCAGCACUUAAUGAGUUGCGUCGUUCCUACGAGACGGAGAUCUGUGAGUUGCAGUGUAAGAUCCAACGCAUGCAGGUGAUAGAAGAGAAGUUCAAGAACAUGAGCAACAGGGAUGAGAGCUUCUCCCUCAAGAAGAGGAUCAACGAGCUCACGAUAGAGAACCAGCGGUUGAAGCAGGACCUCAUGAAGUCCCAGACCAACAUCGCCUGUCUGCAGAGUGAGAUGGACUCUCUGAAGACCGACCUGACGGAUCAGAGCAUGAACUCUGAACGGUUGUACGAGCACUCGGAGGAGGAGCCGGAGGAGCGCCUGUACCGCCGUAGGCCCAGCUGUGACGCCCUGGCCCUGGCCAUGUGCGACCCGGGCCUCCGCCGACGCCACAGCAGCGAGUGUGAGGAGGACAGCCUGCCGGAGAGCUGCAUGGACAGUGGGCUGUCCACGCUGAGGGGCUCGCGGGGGGAGUACGACUCUGAGCCCGAGGAGAGGCCGAGGGACUGUGUAGAGCUGGGCUUCAUGUCGUCGGAGAAGGCCUACCGCAUCGUGCUGGCCGGGGACGCGGCCGUUGGCAAAUCCAGCUUCCUCCUCCGCCUCUGCAAGAACGAGUUUAGAUUGAACGGAGUGGAUUUCCAGAUGAAGACUCUCACUGUUGACGGAGAGCCUACUGUUCUUCAGCUAUGGGACACUGCAGGACAGGAGAGGUUCCGCAGCAUCGCAAAGUCCUACUUCCGUCGCGCCGAAGGCGUGCUGCUGCUGUACGAUGUCACCUGUGAAAGGAGCUUCCUCAAUGUGAGGGAAUGGGUUGACAUGAUCGAGGAUUUGUCACAUGAUGACAUACCCAUCAUGUUGGUAGGCAACAAGUGUGACAUGAGGCAGCAAGGAAUAGUCUGUGUCCCUACCAGCUAUGGAGAAAAACUAGCUAUGACCUACAACGCUAUGUUCUGUGAGACAAGUGCUAAAGACGGGUCCAAUGUCCUGGAGGCUGUUCUACACCUGGCCAGAGAGGUCACUAAGAAGGUCCUAUUGGAAGACAGUGGUGUGGCGGCGACGACGGUGGCGGUGGUGACAGCGGCGGUGGUGGUGACAGCGCUGACAGACGAGGUCUGUGUCCCGAAAAGGAAAGGGAAUAAUUCUGGGAUUAGUCGUGUUUGCCUCAGACGUGUCAUGGCUGACAGCUUAUAG